ACCAACCACAGCUGAGCAACAGCCAGCAAGCAGGAAGAAGAGUCAAUCACAGGGCACCUUGGAAAACUCCAGGAUGCAGACGCCAGCACUAGCUUGCCUCACCCUGGGCCUGGUUCUGGUCUUUGGGGAAGGCUCUGUUUUACAUCACGAGUCCCACACAAUCCACCAGGCCACUGACUUCGGCGUCAAAGUGUUUAAGCAUGUGGUGCAGGCCUCCCAGGACCGGAACGUGGUUUUCUCUCCCUAUGGGGUGUCUUCGGUGCUGGCCAUGCUGCAGAUGACCACGGCAGGGAAAACCCAGCAGCAGAUCCAGGAUGCCAUGGGAUUCAAAAUCAACGAGAAGGGUACAGCUCCCGCCCUCCGUCGGCUGUCCAAGGAGCUCAUGGGGCCAUGGAACAAGAAUGAGAUUAGCACUGCGGACGCCAUCUUCGUCCAGCGGGACCUGGAGCUGGUCCAGGGCUUCAUGCCCCACUUCUUCAAGCUCUUCCGGACCACGGUGAAGCAGGUGGACUUCUUGGAGGUGGAGAGAGCCAGAUUCAUCAUCAAUGACUGGGUGGAGAGGCACACCAGAGGUAUGAUCAGUGACUUACUUGCCGAAGGAGCUGUGGACCAGCUGACACGUCUCGUGCUGGUGAACGCCCUCUACUUCAAUGGCCAAUGGAAGACCCCCUUCUCAGAGGCCAGCACCCACCACCGCCUCUUCCAUAAGUCUGACGGCAGCACCGUCUCUGUGCCCAUGAUGGCUCAGACCAACAAGUUCAACUACACUGAAUUCACCACUCCUGAUGGCCACUACUACGACAUCCUGGAACUGCCCUAUCAUGGCGAAACCCUCAGCAUGUUCAUCGCGGCGCCCUACGAGAAGGACGUGCCCCUCUCUGCCCUCACCAAUAUUCUGGAUGCUGAGCUCAUCCGACAAUGGAAAGGGAACAUGACCAGACUGCCCCGGCUCCUCAUCCUGCCCAAGUUCUCUCUGGAGACUGAAGUGGACCUCAGAGGGCCCCUGGAGGAUCUGGGCAUGACUGACAUGUUUAACCCAGCCCUGGCUGACUUCUCGAGUCUUUCUGACAAGGAGCAGCUCUCUGUAGCUCAGGCCCUGCAGAAAGUCAAGAUCGAGGUGAAUGAGAGCGGCACAGUGGCGUCUUCCUCCACGGCCAUUGUCGUCUCAAGCCGCAUGGCCCCUCAGGAGGUGGUUAUGGACCGACCCUUCCUCUUUGUGGUUCGGCACAAUCCAACAGAGACGAACCUCUUCAUGGGCCAAGUGAUGGAGCCUUGAUAGCCAGAAGAGAGGCCUUUGCUCGGGAUGAAACUGGAGCUGUAAUAAGCAGAAACUCUGAAGAAGAGAAUUAUUCUAAGUCUUCUUUUGGGAGAAGGAGAAGGCAUUUCUUUCUCCCUUCUGGCCAGCCUCCCAGACCUCAGACUCUCGAAGGGGAAAGUGUCUAACUCCCUCACUAGAGGCAGACUCCCCUGAUCCAGACCCUCGACCUCACAGAACCUUCAUCUGCUCGUUUUUCUCACGUUCAGCCUUUGGACCCAGGUCCUACCAACGCCCCAAGGGGCCUCAGGGCUUUCCCUCAGCAUGCUGGGGCAAAAAUCACACUGUGGCCACCUCUUGCACCGUCUGCCGCUGCUGGGGUGGGUGUCCACAGGCAAAGGAAGAAACGCUGCCUUAUCUCAAGGUCCACUGUGGGAAUGACCACCUUGCCCAGCUCCAACGGGCAGCAGAUGGACAGAUUGGGUGUUUGCCCAGUAUGGAGCCCAGUUCUUUUUGUCCCUCCCCGACACAGCGUGCAGAGGUUCUUUCAGAGUGUAGGUGACUUGUUUACAUAGCUUCUUUGUCUUCACUCACAAACAGUUUUCUUUUGGGAAGGGAAAGAAAGAUCAGAUGUGUGUGUGCCUGGCUCUUCAUCCGCAGUCCCCCUGAGGGGGUGCAGGGGAGAUGCCUGGGGGUGUGCUUGACUAUUUAUCUCAUUCUUCUUCUUGUAUGCUUGUUGGAAAGAAGAAGCACUAUUAAGAAAAAAAAGCAUUGUAUUUAAACCAUGGCACACGGUGUCCCGUUUGGGGUCUAUAUCCCUGUCUCUCAGGAGCCUCACUUCAUAAGCCUGCCCUCCUGGUGGUCCCCCUGAUGGGGCUCACACUGCCGCCUAGUGGCGGCCUAACGCACCCUUACCCCAAUGCUCCCCACCCCCCGCCCCUACCCCCACCCUCCGUGGCUUUUUUUCCCUAGGGACCUUGCCAAGGUGAUGCUUGGCAGCCCACGUUA